AAACGUGUGAGAUAUCAUCUUGUAUAGUCUUUUAAUUCCUAUACUUUUACAUGUUAUACUCAGCAUAAGUUUUCAUAGAAUAUGUAUAAAUUGCCUUUCUAACUUACUGUUAACAAAUACUUGGUUGCCUAUUUGUCUUGUCAUUUAAUAUACGUGUUUGCAUCGCAUACUAGCUCGAAUUCGCAUUACAUUUGCAAGUUGCUAUUUCUCGUCCUUGAUGCUUUGCAAUUUGUCGUUGAUUGAAUUGUGUUGCGUUGCAUCAUCAAUUUUUAUAUAACAUUAUGAAGCCUUUAAUAGGCAAUAUUUUAUUAAAAGAGUUGGAUAUCACCAUUUGAAUGUGUGGAAACAAAGAGAUAUGCAAAAACACAAUAGGGGAAUUCAAAUGUGUAUGUGCACCAGGGUAUAUUCGUGCUUCAGAAAACGAACCAUGUAAAAUGCCAGGUAUGUUAAACAGUAAGAAUGAAAAGUCCAAAUAUAAUCCUACAGCAAGUGCCGCCUUUAAUAGGAAUAUGAGGUAUAAAAUAAAUUAGUUCUGUACAUGCAAGAAAUAACAGAUAUAUCAAAACAAGGUGUCCAGGCAAUGUAUGUUAAAGUGUAUAAACAUCGGAAAAAUGCUGGUUUUCAUGCAAAAAAAGCUGUGUGUAUUAUGUCUCAUUUUGUGUCAUUAAAGGCAAGUUGGAAGAUUCAGUUAAUGUGAAGUGCGAUAGCUCACAAUGGGAUAUAAGCAUGGAUAUUGACAUGUUAAUGACAAGUUACCCCGGCAUCAGACCACAUGACAUAUAUUUAGGGGAAUCGCAAUGCCACGGAAAACUAGAAGGGUCCAUUCUAAAGUUCAACUAUAAUAUCAGUAGCUGUAAAACAACAGAAAUGACAUCAGGCAUUACACAAAUCUUUAGCAACAAAUUAUUUUAUGUUAUCUUUGACCCUGUUAUCCCGUUCUUAAUUCGUCGACACAUAUGGACUUUUGCUGUAGAGUGUGAUGUAUUCAGAGGGGGAACUGGGACAUCACAUUUACAUCAUGGCAUUGAAACACAUCAUGCAACAUACGUUCAACAUUAUAAUGUCACUGUGGAGCUUUUUAGUGAUCAACAUUUUCAGCAUCCUAUACAUGGAGGGACCGGAAUUGUCCAUGUAGGAGAGGACGUGUACGUCAAGGUGUCUACGACCAUACCAGAUUGGAAUACAAAAAUGCGACUUCACACGUGUUUUACUAGACCAAACAACAAUGCGACAAGUGAAUUGGAUGUUGUUUUGAUAAAUAAUGGAUGCGAAGUAGAUGGCAACACACACAUUAUUUCACAGUCAACACAUGAGACGAGAUUUGUUUUUCAAGAUUUUGAGUAUCUUACAAAUGAUGAAGGGCUAGACAUUUACUGUAACGCAACAUUUUGUGAUUCUAAGGAUUAUUCGUACGGUUGCGUACAGACCUGCAAUCAAGGUCCUUCAUUGAUCGGAUGACUGCUCUCAACUCAAAACCUAUAAAUGACAAUAUUUUCUGGCUUUUUUUUUACCUUCCCCAAACACCCUACCAUUUUAUGUAUCUUUGGCUGAUUUGUGUAUUUUGAAUAUGAUUAAAAUGUAUAUUUGUCGUUGAAUGUUUAAAACAACCUGUCUGCUCUAUUUUCCAUCAAAUAUCUGAUAUUCUAAACAUAGCCUAACACUUUUAGACAUCAACAUAUAUCUUUUGAAGGAUUUGACGAAGUUCCAAUAUCUCAAUAUACCCUUGCUCCGUUACGAAACUCUGUGGGAUUUGUGUUUUUAUGAGUGCAAAUAUUCUUUCAUUGAUAAAAGCUGACAUGUCGUGCAAAAGAGCUCAGGUAUUUUAUAAACUGAAAGGAACUGCCGAAAAUUGAUUCCCCGUAAGCAAAGAAAAAUAACAAGUCCACGCUCAUACAUCUGGUCGGGGUGAUCCUUGCGCGUGAUCCCGGACUAUGGACCAAUGCAAAUGCGACUUUCAUUUUCAAGUUUAGCUUGCCUACUUUCUCUUUACUUCUGGUAUAAACCUAAGGUCGUCUGACGUUAUUGUCUGUGUUUUCAAAAAUAAAUGUGUGUCAUGCUAAAGCCAAAGGAAUUUAAAUCAUAAGAAUGUGCUGGAAAUUUACUGGAAAUUUACUUUUUCCCAACCAGCCAAAAACAAAGUCUUAGCACAUACAUUUAGACGGGGUGGCCACUUUGCGUGAGCCUUGACUAUAGAUCAAUGCUAAUGAUUCUUUUAUUUUCAAGUUUAGCUUGUGUACUUUCAUUUUCAUUACUUCC